AAUUUUCUAAUAUACCAAAGAUUUUCCUCUUAAAUGGGUUUCUUCCUUUUACUCAUUGAAACUAAAUGCAGCUCAGUUAUUUGAUUAGUUGAUGCUAGAAUUUGACCUGGAGCUUAUAUAAUUAGAAGAGACAUUAGUUUUCCUCAUUUAAAAGCCUGGUUAGCAUACUACGGUCUCGUUUCAGGGGAAGUCAAACCUCUCUACUGCUUCUUUUUAUAACCUUUAAGUUAAUUCAGAACCCAGAUAAGCCUUGAUCUGAGGAUGAUAUAACCACCACAAGCAACAUGGGAACUUCUAGAGAAAUCAGGAAGACGACUUCAAAAAAAAUGAUAUGAUGUCUCCCAGUGGAGACAGGGCACGAGGUGCAGGGAAGAGGAGGUGGCCUGAGCCAGGACGAUGAGGAUGCAAUGUUGAAGAAUAAGCGGGAGAAGAGAAGUAACCGGCACUAUGGAAAAAACCAAAACAAAGCAAGGAGAGAAUGAACAUAUGCCGGUGAAUAAUCCUUCCACGCAGAUUUACCAGGCUUCGAAGUACAAGUCUUCCCUGAACCUACCUCCAGUGGGAGCCCGCCUCCAGCGGCAGGAUGGAGGGAUCAUAACCUCUCUAGAGCACCUUCAUGAAAAAAUCAACGAGAUGAGGAACGUGUUCAACUCCCUGGAGAACAAGUUGCAGGCCCUAGCCUCUGAACUCAAAACUGGUUUCACAGAAGCAAUGCAAGAACUGUCAAGAAUUCAACAUGGAGAAUAUGCUUUGGAAGAAAAGGUUAAGAGCUGCAGAUGUUCCAUGGAAGAAAAAGUUACGGAGAUGAAGAAUUCAUUAAACUAUUUCAAGGAAGAGCUGAGCAAUGCCAUGUCAAUGAUCCAAGCCAUCACUUCCAAACAAGAAGAAAUGCAACAGAAAAUCGAACAGCUUCAACAGGAGAAGCGAAGAGAAUCUCGAAAAGUUAAAGCCAAGAAAACUCAGAAAGAAGAACACAGCUCACAGGCCGGGCCUGCACAAGCACAAGGAAGUCCUUUUCGUUCAAUCAAUAUCCCUGAGCCUGUUCUUCCAAGCGAAGACUUUACCAACCUUUUGCCUUCUCAGGCCUAUGAAAAAGCCCAAGAGUCCAGACCUGUUCAUGUAGGAGACAGUAAUGUGAAGGGAAUGAUGGGUCCUGGAGUGAACCCAACAACUCCAGAAGCAGAAGAAAAUCUCAAGUCUUGCCUCUCGGCUGAGAUCCAGCCCAAGGGCCAUCUCCCAUCUGGCAUGUGGAGGCAGCCUAAGGAUGGUAAAGAAUGGGGUGAAGAAUACGUCACCAAAGACCACCCGGAUAAACUCAAGGAGGCCAGCCAGGGUAGACACAGCUCCUUGGAAAACGUUUUAUGUGAAACCUCCUUAGCUGCUAAAAGACAGACUGUGGCCCUGGAACUGCUUGAAUCUGAAAGAAAAUAUGUCAUUAACAUCUCUCUGAUCUUGAAGAUAAAAGCCACAUUCCAGGGGUCUGAUGGAAAGAGGAAUUCCAAAGAGAGAAGCCUCUUCCCUGGCUCUUUACGGUACCUUGUCCAGCAGCACCUGGACCUGCUUCACGCGCUGCAGGAAAGGGUCCUGAAGUGGCCACGCCAAGGCGUUCUCGGAGAUUUAUUCCUUAAGUUAACAAAUGAUGAGAAUAAUUUCUUGGAUUAUUACGUUGCCUACCUGAGGGACCUGCCUGAGUGCAUCUCAUUGGUUCACGUUGUAGUCCUGAAAGAGGGUGAUGAAGAGAUUAAAUCUGACAUCUACACGUUGUUUUUCCAUAUAGUCCAGCGCAUCCCUGAAUAUCUGAUACAUCUGCAGAAUGUCCUGAAGUUCACAGAGCAGGAGCACCCUGACUAUUAUCUACUCCUGGUGUGUGUCCAGCGCCUCCGAGUGUUUAUCUCACACUACACCCUGCUGUUUCAAUGCAAUGAAGAUUUGCUUAUUCAGAAACGGAAAAAGCUCAAGAAGUCAUCCAUGGCAAAGCUGUACAAAGGGCUGGCUUCCCAGUGUGCCAAUGCCGGGCAAGAUGCUUCCCCCACUGCAGGUCCUGAGGCUGUCCGUGACACUGGGAUCCAUUCAGAAGAAAUGCUGCAACCCUACCCUUCUGCUCCCAGUUCUGGCCCUGCCGUCACACAUCUGAUGCCCCCAGUGAAGAAAAGCCAACAGCAGCAAAGCCUGAUGGAGAGCAUGCAGCCCGGGAAGCCCAGUGACUGGGAGCUGGAGGGCAGGAAGCACGAGCGGCCCGAGAGCCUCCUGGCGCCCACGCAGUUCUGCGCGGCGGAGCAGGACGUGAAGGCGUUGGCCGGGCCCCUGCAGGCCAUCCCGGAGAUGGACUUCGACCCCUCUCCGGCCGAGCCGCUGGGCAACGUGGAGCGCUCCCUGCGCGCCCCGGCCGAGCUCCUGCCCGAUGCCCGCGGCUUCGUGCCCGCCGCCUACGAGGAGUUCGAGUACGGCGGCGAGAUCUUCGCGCUCCCUGCGCCCUACGACGAGGAGCCGUUCCAGGCCCCGGCCCUCUUCGAGAACUGCUCGCCCGCCUCCUCUGAGUCCAGCCUGGACAUCUGCUUCCUGCGGCCCGUCAGCUUCGCCAUGGAGGCCGAGCGGCCGGAGCACCCGCUGCAGCCGCUACCCAAGAGCGCCACGUCGCCGGCGGGCAGCAGCGGCGCCUACAAGCUGGAGGCGGCGGCGCAGGCGCAGGCGCACGGCAAGGCCAAGCCGCUGAGCCGCUCGCUCAAGGAGUUCCCGCGUGCGCCGCCCGCCGACGGCGUGGCCCCGCGCCUCUACAGCACGCGCAGCAGCAGCGGCGGCCGCGCGCCGAUCAAGGCUGAGCGCGCCGCACAGCCGCACGGCCCGGCCGCCGCAGCUGUCGCCGCCCGCGGCGCGCCCCGGACUUUCUUCCCCCAACAGAGGUCCCAAAGCGAAAAACAGACCUAUUUGGAAGUAAGGAGGGAGAUGCAUUUAGAAGAUACUACCAGAUUCUGUCCCAAAGAAGAAAGAGAAAGUGAACAAACAUCUUUCAGCGAUCAGAAUCCCAGGCAAGACCAGAAAGGGGGCUUUCGCAGCUCCUUCCGCAAGCUCUUUAAAAAGAAAGUUCCUCAAAAGUUAAAGACUAAUGUCUCAUCCAGAAGAAAAGAUAUUAAAACAGAAGGCUGUACAAGAUUUUAAUACAGAGAUUUUUAUCGGUUUCAUCACAAUCUUCCCUUUCAAGAAUCUUCUUCCUGUUCUGCAAAUCUAUUUGUAAGGUGAGGCUACUCAAAAAGCAAAAGCAGUGGCCACUAGAGAGAUGCUGAGUGGUCACUGUUGGAGAGAGACCACAUCCACAGUACAGAGUACUCCAAGCAUCCCUGACCUGUGUUCCAAAUUUAGGGUACCCUCUCCCUUUUUAAAGGAAAAGUUUAUUUCAGUGUAAAAAUCUAAAAUCAACACCCACAUCCAUUUUUUUCUCAAAUGCCACGAAAAUCAGGCUAAAAAACUGAGGGAUAUCAAGGGGAAUUUUAAGUUGAAAAACAAUAAAAUCAAGUUCUAAGUGAAUUAAAGUAUGUUUUAAGAAAACUGUGGCUAUGUUUAAAGGCAAGUUAUUUCUAAACAAACUUUUAAUCUUCUUAAGCCAAAACUUCUGGCCAUUCCAUUACUUCGGUAAUUGAUUAUAAUGCUGGGAAAGCCAUGAUGUGUUUCAGUGGCAUAGUCAAAUGGGAUCACACUAAUUCUUGGUCUGUUAUGUAACAUUCUCAAAGAAACUUUCACAUAACUUAUUUCAUAUGAUUUCUGCAGAAACUGUUCACAUGAACAAGCAGAAACAAGGAAGAGAUGUAACUAGGCUUAUCUAAGGUCAUACAGCAGAGUGGCGAGAUGGAUCCAGAACCUAGAUCAUGUGAUUCCUGAUUUAGUGCUCUUUUCUAUCAUAUCAUAUAACCUCCCUGGAUUAAAGAAACCCUUAAAUCCAGGGUUCCUUAAAGUUUCCACAGCUGUGAGAUCUAAAUAUAAAGAAUUAAACCACAAGUUAUAAUCACUACAGAAAUUUACAUGAAUGAUUAAUUCAGAAUGUACCUGUAUUGCUAAUCUUGGUUAAAGGCACCAGAAAGACACUGAAAAACUAGCAGUCUAAUUGUGAUUCUGUAACUCUUGAUCAGUCUUCUUCCAGAUUUUAGGAAUUAACAACUGUACCUUCCCGUAUGCUGUAUAGGGUUUCUGCAGCUGGCAGUGAAAUUAACAUUCCCAUAAUCAUGACUGUUCUAUUAGGUUCUAGAGUUAUUUUUAGCUUGACUAGAAUUAAGAGUAGUCUUGUCAAAAGACAAAAGUAGCAGAAACUAGAAAUAAACCAAGAAAAUCUGGCAAAAAUUUAAGUACUUUGAAAUAAUAUCUUGAAGGCUGCAUACAAUCCCAGGCUUGUAUUAAUUUAUAUUCUAUUUUUAGUCUAAAGCAAUGAAAAAUUGCUAAUGAAUCAAAAACACAGAGAAGACAAAAUACUUAUAUUUGAAAUUUUAUACAGAAAAGCAUACAAAUUCCAGAAGUUACUUUAAUUUCUAUUGCAUUGGUUUCUCCAUUUCAAUGACUAACAUACACCAUGUCACUAACCACUGGAGACCUUUAUCUUACUGAUAAUGUAAAGAGCUAAGAUAACAUAAACAAAUGCCCAUCAAUAAGGACCGGUUAUAUAAUUUUGUAAGGAAACAGAGUACCUAGUUCUUUUGAUUAGGCAAGGGUAAAAAUGAAGUUUUAUACUGCCAUCGUUAGGUGUAGAGCAGCAGUUAUCUACUCAUAUUCUAAAACCAAGUUGCAGAGAGAGAUGAAAGGUAAACACAUAAAAAUACAAAAGCCAGGCUGGGUUUGGCUUUAAAACAUAAGCAAGAACAUAUAAUUGGAGAAAAAAAUUAAAAACAGCCUAUUUUUAUAUUCUCCUUUCUGUUUAUCACUUGCUUGUGGAGAUAAUUCCACAAAGUUCUUUUUCAAACAUGACUUCCUAAUGGAUUUUAAUAUGGUCAACAAAAAGUUUUUCUACAGUUUUUUCCCCCCCAUCAUUAGAGAUAACAUUACUCGGCUACUUGACUCUCAAAUCCCUGCACUAACGUUUCCACCAUGUUCAUUAGCUGCUUUGCUUCCCCUACUCAAAACAGCUAACUCUGUAGAAAUACCUGCCAUUCUACCAUCACCAACCUGGUUUAGGCCCAGGUUAUUUCAAACAGAAGCUAUAGUUAUUUUUGUGUACUGGCCUUCUAUCUGUCUCUGUCUUCCUCACUGUAAAACCACCAUUCUUUGAUAUUUUACUGCACAAUUCUUCAAAAUUUUAGGAACUCAAAAUAUACCUACAUUAGUGUUCAGAAUAUAGAUUGGAAGUGAUAAUCCAAUCCUUUUUCCUUAUGUGCCUGUUUUGAUUGACAGUUGACAUUUUAUUUGACAAGGUCAAUGAGAUUUGUGAAAUAUUUAUUACAUAAAAAAGUUAUUUAUGUAAAGACCACCCUACACCCAACCACCAUAGUAAAACACUGUUAAUCAGGAUGUCUGUUCAUGUGAUAAUUCUCCCUUUAAAGCAGCCAUUUAAAAAGCUACAAGAAACAAUAAGCUCCUCAACAAGGGUUUAUAAACAAUCAGUCUUGAAUUCCUUCAAAAAGGAAACAGACGCUAUGCUGACGCACAAACACUUUUUUAAAAAAUCAGAGAGUUUAAAAAUAGAACAACACUGCCCUACAGAUCAAAAAUUGUUCAAAGGUUUAAAAAAGUUAAAACACCCAAACUGAGCUUAUAUAGGACACAAACUCAAAGUAAAUCUAAUUCAGGUUUUUGAGGCUUUCCCAUAUGAAGGUAUAAAAUAGCAGUAAAUACUUUAAAGAAAAAUAUCUUUUGGCUUAAGUUUUUUUCAAUAUCAUCUUCUGUAAAAGAGAAAUUCCCAUGCAAGGGAAACACCUUUUCCCACAGUUGAAUAUGCAAAGCUUUUAUUUCCCAAAAAAUGUCAAUUCUGAACUAUUAUCCUUACUUUAGGGUAUAUUUUUCUAAAAUAGACUAUUAAACUGGACACUGCACCACCUACCAUUUCUCUAAUGUUGUUUUAGGUCUCAUUAACUAACUUGUACUUUGUUGCCUACAACUCUGUAACAGAAGUGAAAUUCCUACUCUCAACUUUUUCUUUGUGCAUAUUGCUUUUUGCUUUCUUACUUAGGAUAAAGAAAUAGUCUCUUCAUAUUAUUUCCAGAUAUAGAAUGAUCCAUCCAAUUGGAUAAUUUUUCCCCUAGCUUUUGGGACAAAUCCCAAAGUUCUGAUAUAGUUAGGAAUUAUGAUACAUCCAGAAACACCAAAUCAAGCUAUAGAUUCCACAUAAGACCCUGUUGCAAUCUUUUAAGCAAGUUAACCAUUUUCUAACUGUAAAAAAAAUAAAAUAAUGACCAGUAUCUAACUAUACAUAAAAAAUCUAUGCAUUCCAAUGGAAGUGUAUCUAUAGUGAGGGCUCACCUCUACCCUAUUUCAAUAAGAAAAAAAAAAUUACUGACAAUAUCUUCAUAGUACACACAUUUGCUCAGAAAUGAACAAGCCAUUUAUAUUAUUGGCAGUUCAAAUCAAGGAAGUUAUUUAUUUUUUAUGAGUUCACAUCUGUACCAGAUCCUUUUAUUGACACAUUAAUUUAAAAGUUAUAACAUACUCUAUUCAUGAAAACAGUCACCUUAUAUGAGUCAGUGUAACUAGGUGAAAAGUACUCUACUAAGUCAAGAAACCUAAUUUCAAGUCCAUGUUCUGGAAUUAACUGGUAAUAUGACUUCUGGCAAAUCAUAUCUUCAGGGGACUUGGGAUUUGUCUACAAAGUGAAGGCUUGUACAUCUCUUUGAGCACUAGAGAUCUAUAGCUCCAUUUUGUACAUUACUGUUAAAACACUUGAGAGAUAAAGUUGGCUGAACACCACAGUGAAAUCUGAAUAAAGUAAGGUUAAACUAGUUUCUCUUCUGUUUUUAUGACAAUGUCUAACCAAACUAUAAUAAUCUAAAAGAUGCUGUAAGUGAUGUCUUAUAGUAUUCAUUAUUAAAUUUUCUCAUGUAUUAUAUCCAAUGUCUUUUAUUACCAUUUUAUAUAAUAAAAAUGUGUAAGUUAAAUGCUAGCUUUGUUUCAGUGUAAGCCACAACCUGUACUGUAUGUUCUCCAAUAAAUAUACCUACUAACCAAAUCAUAAAUCCCUUUUUUCUUUGGGUAGGCUGAUGAAAGGUGAGAGAAGAGCAGACCAACAAUUCUUAAAAACAAAUGGUAACUUGAUCUGUUACCAUUGUAGUUAGGCCUUAAAAAUCCACUUCAGUUUUACAAGUUCAUAGAUGAUGGUCUAUUAAAAACCCAUUCUAUGUUGCCAGAAAUAAGUUCAGUAACAGACCUUACAGGAUAGACCAAAUAAGCUAACAGUUAACACUAAUUUUUGUGUAUUGUGAACCACAACUCACAAAAGCUGCUUGUAGACCCCAGUUUCACCAGUAAUAUAUUUAUGACAUAUUCAGUUACGCUCCAAAAGAAGAUAGAAAAGAAAAAUGUCAAAAAACUUAGCCCCAGCACUUCUAAAACCAACACUGGCCUUUUAUUUCUCAAGAAAUUAUUGGAACGACUUUUUUAAAACUUAUUUUUUUAAGUAAAAUAAUGCCAUCGAUUUAAAUUUUCAAUACACUUAACUUUAACAAGGUUCUAUAAAUUUUGAAAUUUAAGUGUUUUAUAUUUAUUAGAAGUAAAAGCACUCAAAAUAUUACUCGAUAUCAAAGCUAAAAAUUGAUAUAGAAAAGAUCAGAAAUAACAAAACAUCAUUACAAAAGUACCACAUCCAUAAUAGACUUUAGCCAGCAUUGUACACAUUAAGAAGAGACUUUCAAGACUACAGAACAAGUAUCAGCUUGUUCAAGUUUGCUUUAAAAUGUCCUCAUUUAAAAA